AUGGCCAAACAUCAUCCAGAUUUGAUUUUUUGCCGCAAACAGCCAGGUGUCGCUAUUGGGAGAUUGUGCGAUAAAUGUAAGUUAAAACCUCUUUUUCAGGUUUAUUUUUGUUUCAAAAUUCAAUAUAAAUUGUCUUUGCUGAUAUGCACAACUCAUAACUCACGAUUCGAUUAGAUUUUCAUUAAAAUAUUGACGUUUCAGGUGAUGGAAGAUGUGUAAUAUGUGAUUCAUACGUGAGACCGGCUACAUUAGUUCGAAUUUGUGAUGAAUGCAAUUAUGGAUCUUACCAAGUAAUCUUUAGCCUUUUUUGUUUAUAAUUUAGAUGUUUAUAUAAAAGUAAUGUGUGGAGGUAGAUAAUUUAAAAAUUGGAUAUCAAAAAAUAUGGUUUUGUCAUAACUUUCUCAUAACAACAGUUAAAUCUUUAAAUUUACUGUGGUUAUAGUUUUUUUGGUUUGUCAAUUAACGUAGAAAUAUCACUUACAAUUUUACAUUGUUCUUUUACAUAACAACAGUUAAAUCUUUAAAUUUACUGUGGUUAUAGUUUUUUUGGUUUGUCAAUUAACGUAGAAAUAUCACUUACAAUUUUACAUUGUUCUUUUAGUAAUUGUAGACUUACUGAAAUUCUAUUUUUGGAAAGUUUUUCUUUGAAAAGCAUUGAUAAUGUUUGGAACAACGAGUUUUCAUAAUACACAUUGUUAUUACAGCUGAUUAUUUUAAUUUUUUUAUGUUUCAGGGCAGAUGUUUGAUUUGCGGAGGCCAUGGCGUUAGUGACGCUUAUUAUUGCAAGGAAUGCACGUUGAUGGAGAAGGACCGAGAUGGAUGUCCGAAGAUUGUGAACUUGGGAUCCGCGAAGACUGACCUCUUCUAUGAACGGAAAAAGUAUGGUUUUAAGAAAACGUGA